UAGAACUUUGAAGCACUUUAGACAUUAUUUUGGUAUGUCAUUAAAUACUUAUUCUUUUACACAUCAUUCUACAUUUUCCGCAUUUUAAUAUUCUCUCAUAUAUAUUAGAUCAAUACUAAUUUUUUUACAGUAUAUUGUUCUAAUCAUCCAAUACAUAAAGUUGAACUUAUAUCAAAAUAUUCAUUAAUAUUUCAAAUUUUGUCUUGCAAAUAUUCAAGACACAAUCUCUCAUCAACCGGUUGAGAUUUCAAUAUGCAGCGUAACCAUGGGCGACUUUAUAGCUUUUUGGUUAAUAAUCCAUUUGGAGAUGAAGCCAUAUUAGUGGAGAUCAUUAAUGAAAUGGAAUUUGGAAUUGAACAUAAAAUUCAACCUCUUUCUGCUCUAGUUAAUCCACAUCAAGAUGAAGCCUUAUUAAAGGAAUUGAAUAGAAGAGAGAUGGAUCCUGAACUUGAAAUUGAACCCUCAGAAAUUGAGACCAUUAUAACAUGUUUUCAUCUAACUGACAUCGAGACUCCUAUGGAAAACAGUGAGUUACAUAUUGCAGCUUGGAACGGUAAUGAUGAAAUUGUUACUCGUUUAAUUGAAGAUGACCUCGACCGUGUGCCAAGAGUUAACAAAAACAAGGAUAAUGCCGUACAUGUUGCUGCAAGAGCUGGAAAGUUUUCAAUUGUUGAAAAGUUAUUAAAAAGUUAUAGUAAUUACAUAAUUCAAUUUUAUGAAAAAUACUUGGUUAACAAAUAUGAAAAAGAAAGCAUGGGUGAGCUAUUCGUAUUAUUGACAACGCAGAAUAAGCAUGGUAACACUGUGUUACACGAAGCAAUGUUAUGUGAAAAGAGCAGUGAUAAGAUUUUCAAAAUUUGUGAGGAUUUGAUUUGGAGGAAAUAUUGUUAUGAUUAUGCAAUAAAUAUUGUUAAUCAUGCAGAGAAAACAGUACUUUACCUUGCAGUUGAAAAUGGAAACAAGGAUGCGGUCAACCUAAUAUUAGACAAGUGUUGCAAGGAUGAUCUUUUGAUAAAAGGAUUAUCACCCUUGUUAGCGGCAAUCAGGAUGCAUAAUCCAGAAAUGUUGAGGAUCAUACUAAAACACAAGCCAACUUGGAUCCAUUCAAUGGACAAACAUCAAAGGCUUCCUCUUCAUUAUGCCGCAUUCAUAGGUUCCCUUGAAUGUGUUGAUUUAUUACUUGGAUUAUGUAAAUGUUGCACCAUUCAAAGGGACAAAUAUGGUUAUUUCCCGAUCCAUCUAGCAUCUUAUGGAGGACAUGUGGAAGUAGUGAAGAAUUUGUUACAAUAUUAUCCAGAUCCAACAGAGAUGCUUGACAGUUGUUAUGAGCGUAAUAUUCUUCACAUUGCAGCAAAGCAUGGAAAACACGAGGUGAUAUGCUACAUAUUACAAAGUGAAAUUCCUGAACAUCAUAAACUGAUAAAUCAAAAGGAUAAUAAAGGAGAAACUCCUUUGCAUUUGGCUGCAAGAUCAUGUCAUCCUAGUACUGUGUACUACUUAGUUAAUGAUAAAAACAAAAGAGUGAAUCUUGAUUUGGUUAACAAAAACAAUGAAACAGCUCUUGACAUUGUUAAUGUACUUUACGAGGUUGGAAAAUCAUCUUUGAGACAGCAUCUUACAUGGACUGCAUUGAAAUCAGCUGGUGGAAAGCAAAGUCCAAAGAAAUUAAGACUCCAUACUGAAUUGAAGCCAAGUGAUUCAAAUUCAAAAAAAACAGAACUAGUUAGAGAAAAAAACAUAAGUUUCGUUGAAGAAUAUCAACAAUGUGAUAAACAAAGUAAAAAAAAAGAAAAUGUUUCAGAAAGAUAUAAAGACAGAUUGGAAAACCUCACAAUUGUUUCAACCCUUAUAGUAACAGCAUCUAUAGCGGGAUGUUUUGCUGUUCCGGGUGAAGCAGAUGGGAAAGCGAAUAACUUAAAUCAUGCAAUGUUUCAAUUUUUCAUUAUCUUCAUCACAAUAUCAUUUUUCAGUUCCAUUAGUGCUACAAUCAUACUCUUUUGGGCAACGCUGGGAUUAACUGAAUUGGUGAGUCUCACUCUCAAAAAUGUGAUGCCACUUCUUGGAGUCGCUCUCAUUUCAUUAUCUUUGGCUUUCAUGACUGGUCUCUACACUGUCAUCAGUGAGCUUUAUUGGUUGGCCAACGUGUUUUUGGUAAUGAGUGUGAUAUUCAUUAUCAUUGUGAUUUUUCUAUACAUACUCCUUUUCCUUCCAUCAUCGUCAACUAUAAAGCCACUGAGAUAUAUUUCUAAAUACCCUUUCCUUUAUUUAGCAUCACGAAGUGAAUGUAAAAUGGAUAAAGGUCUAAAACCUUAGGAUUAAUGUGCAUUAUCUCUGUUUUGGCGUGUUUGUUUGAUAUUUAUUUAUGUUCCUAUAUUCUAAUUAAUAUGCAUGUCUUUCUCGUGUGUACAAGCAACAAAUUAAUGUGCAUCGUCUCCGUUUUGAUUAGUUUAAGAAAUGAUGUAUUUGGCCAUGGACAUCUAUUCAUAUACUACGAUAUGGUUAUUUGGCAAAACUAUAUCUCCUCUAUGUUUUUUGAAUCAGAAAUAUAAAAAUAUUAAUAAGUACUUCAAAAAUAAACAAGGAGCCAAUAAAAAUGC